CUAUACUUAAACUUAACGCAGAUUAAUGUAGGGAGUAGUUUUUAAACUAAUAUUACUAUGAAGUGCAUUUGGUUUCUGUUAGUUGUAGAAGUUAUGAGCGUAGUUGAUUCACAUCGACCGCUGACCAAUGGUGGGAGUUUUGAACUAGCUUUGUUUUCUUCGAAAGCUAAAACUCAGGCAGAGAUAGUCUACAGAAUGUGCUUGCCAAAAGUUCCUGAUUUCGUUCACGCAACAGCAAGACCAAGCAACCCAUCUUUGUCUUAUAAGUUCAACGUGACCAUUCUUGAAAUUAUGAGAGGAAGCUUUUUAGUUGAAAUAGAAAGAGUUGAUCAAGCUACAGGGUGGGAUACGAUGCUGAUAACUGUGGAUUGGUCCUCGUACAUAGGUAACGUGGUGGUUUAUCAGAACCUGAUUCUUUGGUUCCCUGAUGCUGCAGAUAGAAGAAUUCUAAAUGCAUACACAGCAUCGCAAUACUGCAAUGAUAAUGGCGGCCAAUUGGUGGAUAUUGUGGAUAAAGCGAUGUACGACGUGGUUUAUGACUACUGUCAACAAACCAUCGAAUUCGGAUGGGCUCGGAUUUGGCUCGGUUCAAGUUACAACCAAACGACUGAUACAGUGACUCAGAGGAACGGGAAACUUGGUUAUCAUGGAGAUUGGUAUCCUGGAUUUCCGGGUAGGGGAAGUGGAAACCAGACGUACACCGGAUUGUUGCUUUAUAUCAAACCACCAAGUUUAAACGACACCUACUACGGAAUGUAUAAUUAUCCCCCGUUACUCUGUCGUACCGUCACACAAUUGUGCUUUACCAACCUAAAUUCAGUUAGCAUAAGUUGGACGGUAAAUGAAUUAAUACCUUAAAUGGGCGAAUAUAACGUAUAUACAGGGGCCAAAUUAAUAUAGCGUGCAGUUUCUCCAUGUUCCAAUCGGACGCAUUUUUUCCGCGCGUUUUAUUCACUCGCACCAGUCGCACCAACACACAUAUUUAUGCUUUACAUUCGCUCAUUGGAAAAUUCAAAAAAAAAUUAAGAUUAUGAAAGUUAUUUAUGAGGAAUAUUCGGUUAACUAUUUAAAAUCCCUCCGAGUAAAAUCGAUUUUUGUAGGAAACACAUUUUUAAUCCUAUCAGGUUAAAUGCAUUUAAUUACUAUAUUAUAAUAAUAUUUGACGCAACUAUUGCUAUAUAUAAAAUCGAUACUCCGGCAUUAAAAGUUUAAUUAAAAUAUACCAGCAAUGUUUCGUCUGCCAUACGCCGAGACUUCAUCAUACUGGUAUGGACUUUACUUUGACGUCUUCUGCGCAGCAUCGUUGAUUGUUUAUUGCGUAUAUAUUGAUUGUGUCUUGCUUAUUGUGGUUGUAUAUUCUACAUCGCUUAAUAUUGUAAUAUCUGUUUUACGUAAUCCGUCUCUGCAUAUAAUUAACUCGUUUGUUUCCAAUUUUAAGUAUUUUUAUCUGAAAUUUGUAAUUAUUCAAAUUCCACGACGGCCUCUAUAAGCUUAUCUUUAGGCACGACGGGUAAAACAAGCUUUUGCCCGAAAGUUCACCUUCCGUGAUUUUAUUAUUGGUUGUAUAGUUCGCAAUAUUAAUAUUAAACGGAGAUUAAUCCAAA